UUCGCCCUCUUACCCGGCGCCGGCGCGCGCAUCAGCCGAGCAGAGCUGCUCUUAAACUAGAAUCCCAGCGCGCCGCGCCUGAGACCCCUCCCUCCCUCCCUCCCUCUGCCGGAUCCCUCGCCGCUCCUCUGCCGACUGCCGCCGCCCUUCUCCCUCGGUCCAGUGCACUGGACUGGAGAUCCAUCCGGAGGUGGAUUGAUUUGAUUGCUUAAUACAAUGAGCUGGAGAUUUCCGCUCUUCGGCUCUCAGCAGCAGCAAACGGAUCCAAAUUUCCAGGAAAUCCCUACACAGUCUUGGUACCCUCCCUCGGUGGUAGGCUCGUCUUCACGCCCAUCCACGCCUACCUCUUCUAGUGCCAGUCCACAUCAAAGAGCUCCAGAUCAUCCUCAGUCUUCAUCCUGUGGGCAACCAUCUCCUGCUGAAGCUGCAGGGGUAAUUGCUCGUUUGAAGGAUAAGAGUAUCGAGGAGUUACAGAGGCUAUUGAAAGACAAAGAGGCAUAUAAUGCAUUCUUUAAUUCACUUGAUCAAGUGAAAACCCAGAACAAUGUACGUGAUGAGCUUAGAAAGGAGACAUUGCAACUUGCAAGAGAGAAUUUAGAAAAGGAGCAGCGGAUUUUGGAGCUUAGGAAUCAGUGCACAAUAAUAAGAACCACGGAACUAGCUGCUGCCCAAGGCAGAUUGACUGAUUUGGAGAGGCAGAAAGAUGAUAUUAUGAGGUCCUGUUCCCCUGCUGCGCUGCUUGAUAAGCUCCAAUCAUCAAUGGCAAAGCUGGACGAAGAGUCUGAGGAGCUGCACCAGAAGUUCCUGAAGAAGGACAUCGACCCGCCUACCUUUGUGCAAAAGUACAAGAAGCUCCGCACGGCGUAUCACAAGCAGGCCUUGCUCCAUCUCGCCGGCCAGACAUCACUCCGCUGAUGUCGUGUUGGAGAGACGAUCGGUGCUAACUUUGUUGUAUACUUGCUCGUUCAUUCUUGUUCUAUACCCUGGUUGGCCCUGUUCUUUAUGUGCAGCUUAUUGUAGGGCUUACCAAACAUCAAACGGAGAAUGCAUGUAUAGUUAUGUUGUUUGAAAUGAUUUUUUCCUUUGGAAUCAUUGUUCGAGAUAUUUUAGCUA